CCGGACUUCCAGAAAACCAGAAUAUUCCAGAAUUUCUGGACCGGUCCGGAUCCACUGUCCGGAUGUUUAUCCAGAUGGCUUCGUUUUUUGAGGGAAGAAAGGAGGAAGAGGAGGAGGAGGAGAAGGAGGAGAGGGAGAAAGGAAAGGAGGGUGGACUUGAAGAGGAAAAGGAGGAGGAGGAGGAGGAGGAGGAGGAGGAGGAGGAGGAGGAGGAGGAGGAGAAAGAAAAGGAGGGCGGAGUUGAUGUGGAAGAGGGGAGGACCAAAAACGAGGGUGGAGUUGAUGAGGAGGAGGAGGAUGGUGAGGAGCGGAAGAGGGACAAAGAAAAGGAGGGUGUAGUUGAGGAGGAGAAGGAGGAGGAGGAGGACAACGACGACGAUGACCACGACGACGGCAACGACUAGAAAGAAAAGGCUGAGGAGAAGAUGUACGGCACAGGAGGAGAAGGAGGAGGUGGAGGCAGCAGCAGGGCAAGAAGACGCACAGCUGGAGGAGGAGGAAGAAGGCGUCGGUCUCCGUGCUGCUCCGCACAGCUGGAGGAGGAGCCCCUCUAAUUCUCGCCCUGGUCGCUGCGCUGCUCCACCCACCUCCCUGUGCUGCUCCGCACGCCACAUUUGCUCCCUCCCUGGCAAUGGACGAUGGUGGAGCUCGAAGGGCACUUUGAAACGAUCUAGUCGACGUGAAGGGGGGGCAGGGAUGGCAGCUAUUCAAAUUUGGCGCUGCCUUUGGCGUCCGCGAACCCCCCCCUCAAUCGUUCCAAAAAAAACAAGAAAACAAACAAAACAAAGUAACGAAC